GUGCGGCCGACCCAGGGCGGCCUUCGGGCGGCGACCGCUGCCUCGCGCUUGGCGGCUUGGCCCCCCAGCGGCCGGCCCGGGCGGCGGGAGCUGGCGACGGGAUGUGCUCGGCCGGGGAGCUGCUCGGCGGCGGCGGCGGCGGCGGCGGGGAGCGCGACGAGGACGCGGACGCGCGGGCGGAGCGGCCGGCGGCGGGGACCGAGCGGGGGCCCGGGGCGAGCCCGCGGCGGCGCGGGCGGCGGCCGCAGGAGGAGCGCGAGCAGGAUAUUGAAGAAUCACAAAACCACACUGGUGAGCCUGUUGGAGAUGACUACAAAAAGCUGGGAACGCUUUUUGGUGAACUGAACAAAAGCCUCCUCAACAUGGGCUUCACAAGGAUGUAUUUUGGCGAAAGAAUUGUGGAACCAGUAAUCGUCAUCUUCUUUUGGGUCAUGCUGUGGUUCCUUGGCCUGCAAGCCCUGGGACUGGUUGCUGUUCUUUGCCUCGUCAUUAUUUAUGUGCAGCAGUAAAAUAUGGUCGAAUGAGCUGUCGUUUGAUGUUUGGUAGCCAUAUACGUCAUUGGUGAAGUUAUAUAUUUCACUACAUGAAAGCUGAAAGGUUUGCUUUGUUUCAAAUUGUGUGCUGUUUUGUAACUAAAUUUAUGAGUGGAUGUUGUUUAAAAUUAAACUCAACUCUUGAUUAUAACAGGGUUGAAUAUA